AAUUAGCAAGGAAGUUGAAAGUGUUCAUGCAUAUUUAGUUUUUUUUAAAUUAAGUAUUUCGUUCGUAAUCAAUUAGACGAUGGAAACAAUAUUAUGGAUUUUAUUCUUUGGUAUACUGACGAUUAUUACUCAAGGUGAUCCGUGUAUUGAUUAUAAAGUUUUGGAUUCAGCGGACGACUCCAGACGGUCUGCUGCAAAUGGCUACGGACAAUUAUGUGAUAAUACCCUGGAGUCUGGAUGGUAUAGAAUUAUCAGCAAAGCUGGGGAAAGAAUGCCAACAGAAUGUAUAGUUGGCGGUUUCCGUUGUGGGACAAUGUCCUCUAUAUGGAUGAAUGGAACCUACCCAAUUACAAAUGAGAUAAAAUCAGUUACAGCAUGUACAGCAAACUACAAUGGAAAUUGCUGUGCCAAUUCUCAUCAGAUAAAAGUGAAAAACUGCACCAAUUACCUUGUCUACAGUUUGGUUCCUGUAGCCCCAUGCUCUCAGGCUUAUUGCUUUGGAUCAGAGCUUCCUUGUCCGACUGGAGAAACUUCUGAUAAUGGUUUCAGUCCUGGGUGUGAACUACCAAAACCAACAACAUUAACGACAAUAACAUCAAGAUCGACGACAAAAGCAAAAUCAAAUACAACAAUCUUCACAACAAUACCGUCAAGAUCAGCGACAAUAGCAACAAUCUUCACAACAAUACCGUCAAGAUCAGCGACAAUAGCAACAAUCUUCACAACAAUACCGUCAAGAUCAGCGACAAUAGCAAAACAAACGACAACAACAUCAAGAUCAACAACAAUUUCCACAGUAAUACCUUAUGAAAUAUCUACAACCUUGGAAACAAUAAAGACAUCCAGAGCUGCAAUCGAUUCAUCCAUGACUACAACACAUUCAGUGGAGAUAUCGACUACUUCACUAGUGACUAAACAUACAACAACACAUCUACCACAAAAAGAUGAAAAGGCAACAAGUAUGACUGUUGUUGGUCUGACUGUACUUGUUGUUUUCUUGCUGAUUGUUAUAGCUGUAUUUGUUGUAAUUUUUAGACGAAAACCUAACUGUCUAAAGGACACAAAGAGUACAUCCCCUCCAACCUACGAAGAAACGGUGAAGACUGAAAACAUAACUAAUCCGUACGCACAAAUCGAGGAUACCAGUCAUUAUUCUUGUAUAAAUGACAACAAUUACAAUGAAGGCUACGAUGAGAUUCCAUAUGAAAAAAAUCAGACUGUGCAGGAUAAUAAACUGUACCUUCAAAACUUUGCUACAAUUCCAGCUUUAAAUCAGAUCGUAGAGGAAAAUAAGCUAUAUCUCCAAAAACCUCUUAGUGACUCAGUGCCACUAGAUAACCCUGAAUAACCAAAGAAUUUACAAUAAAUAAAUUUAUUUAAGCAUGUUGACCGGUGUAUAAUUUCUUAUACACAUACUGUAAAGUUAUUAAUAUCAUCGAAUGAGCAAAUGUCAAAUUUUAAUUAUAGUGUAACAUAUGAUAAUUGAACAUGAUUGUAGAUAAUGUAAACACAUUGUACAAAUUUUGUAUCAUAUUUAUACUUUUGUGAACAAUUAAAAUGUAAUAUUUAUAACUUACAUGUUACAGAUAUACGACUUACACAUGCAGUUGUCAUGAAUUGGGUACUUAUAUUAUAAUAAUUUAUCAUAUUCGUUAUAUUAUAUUGAAAACAGAAUACAUUGCAUUGUCAAAUGUCAUGUUAAGGAAUAUGUCUCAAUGCAGUUGAAGAAACCCGCUACUAUUCAGAGAUUGAUGAGUUCACACAUGGAACUUAUGCUUUAUUAUAACUGUCACAGUAAAUUGACACCAAGUCUACAAACUACGCAGCAUGUUAAAUCAAUUUAUAAAUGAUUUAGUGGUUUCACGACCGUUCCUUUUUUUUGCAUGACAUGCAAAUGAUAACCUUUUUAUAUUGUUACUAAACACAUUUGAUUUACAAGUUAUGUACAAUUUGAUAUAAUCCAUGGCUGUUCUCCCACCUCACUCGUCUUCUUCUGGUUCUGCAUCUUUUGUUUUAAUUUCAGGCAAAUGCAUAUAUUUUCGAACAUUGAAUAAGUAAGGCUAAAUUUAGAAUGUAAAUAUUGACUGAAUCAAUCAUGUAACCAAUUAUUCAUAAUCAAUAACAGAAUCGUCAGUAUAUUUCCUAGCAGUGUAAUCACAAUAGCAUAAAAUGCUACUGAUCAGUUUACCAAAUCAGGAAUAUGUCAGUCGUUUUUUUUUUCACUUGUUCCCUUGAUUGAUAACGUUUGAUUUUGUCAGUUUUAAUGGACUUCCCCUUUUAGAAUUUGCUUUGAAUUUGUAAUUUUUGUUAUACUUUUUUCCUACUGCAACUAAAGGUUCUUGUGAUGUUGUAUAUAUUUUGGCAUUUUUGUUGCUAAUUUUUUGUGUUAUUAAUGGUGUUUUAAGGAAUUGGUUAGCCCGUUUCAACUGAGUUUUAUAGUUUUGUAUAUGUUCUUUUGGUGUCCAGUUACACUACUGUAUAUGGUUUGGUAGGGUUGAGCGCUCGCAAAUAUGUUUAACCAGUCACCUUAUGUGUGUACCAGUCACAAUUCAGGAGUCUAAGAUUCAGUGGUUGUCAUUUAUUACUGUCUGUCCUAUUUGUUUUUCGUUUAUUUUGUUGUACCUAAAUGAGCCGGUAAUUUACUCGUUUGAACUGUUUAGAUUUUUUUCAUUUCUGGACCGUUUAUAGCUUGCUGUGCAAUAUUUGUGGUGGUCAUUGUUGACGUUGACAUAUUGAUGAUAAGUUUUACGCCAUUUGGUUUCUUGUGGAUACUUGUCGCAUUUGCAGUUAAACCACAUAUUCUUAUGUUUAUAUAGGUUGUCUUUUCCUCGUCUUCCAUUUUUUCUACAAUGGUAUUGACGGUUUCUCUUCGAAUUAUGACUUUUGAAUGUCUUCUUGGUAUCAUCCGCCUAUUUUGGUCAUAAAAUACUACAUUUUUAUAAUUCUUGUUAUACUGUUUAACAGAAAUUGUAGUGUUACGUUGUUUUCCUAUGUCCCAUAGUACAUAACAGUCCAAAAGAGUUUUCACUCAUCCUUUUUUUCUGCAAAAUAUAAUUGAUUCAAUUCCUUUAUGUAUAUGCAGUUAAUGAUUGGGAAAAGGUGUUGUAGUGUUGAAGAUUUUUGCUUUAUUCAAAGGCCACUGUUAUAUUAUUAUCGGUUGAAAAGAUACAAUAUUAAAAAUAUAUAUAAAAAUCGCUUAAAAAUUUUCUAUAUUUUAUAUCAUUAUUGUUAAUAUACAUUUCUUCCGGAACUAUGAUUUAACAAAUAAUGUAGAGUUAUGAGAUAUUUUCUAAACAAAUACCCAUAUUUCACUGUAUAGUCAAAUAAAAUGUCUUCAAUAAACUC